GGGAGGGGCAUUAAUUUCACAAUAUGUCCCUUUAGUGCUUCUUUCUCUUUCUUUUUGUAAUAGCGGGGUGUCAGCUGUAACCUGAUUUAGUCAGCCCGCAUCACUCAGAAAGGACUGACACAGAGCACAAAGGUGCAUCAGAAUAAGUGCACGUUAGUCACCACCUCUGCUUCAACAUGGCUUACGUAAUCAAUCAGCCUGCACCUCCGCCUGUGAUCAUCGAACAACCUCCACCUCCUGUGAUAGUCCAGUCUGCACCUCCGCCUGUGAUCAUCGAACAAUCUCCACCUCCUGUAAUAGUCCAGCCUGCACCUCCGCCUGUGAUCAUUGAACAAUCUCCACCCCCUGUAAUAGUCCAGCCUGCACCUUCAGCAGCCAUCAUCCAGGCUCAGCCAGCUGUAGCAGUGAUCCAGCCUCCUGGCCCUGUGGUGAUGCAGGCUCCUAUGAAAUCCGUACCCGCAUCAACGAGGUGUGGUUUCUGCCAGCAGCAGAUUGUCACAAUGACUCGACCCAUCAAUGGACUCCUCACCUGGGUGGUUGCCGGGACGCUCCUUUUCUUAUUCAUAUGGCCAUUCUGCGUGAUUCCUUUCUUCGUAAAGUCCUGCAAGGACAUCGAACACACCUGCCCCAACUGCAAGAACGUCAUCUACAUUCACAAACGGAUGUGAGAUGUUUCACACAGGGGAACCUGGAGAGCCUGGAGAACAUCAUGAACCCAGAUGACGGCUGUAGAAGAAUUAAUAAUCUUGUUUUUUUCAUAAUAUGUAAUUAAGAAUUUAUCAUUUAAUUAGUUAUGCCAUUAAAAAUAGUAUUCAAAGACUUUUUUUGGCUCUCCUAUAUAUAACUGCUUCUAGAGUUACUGAAAUCAUUGUUCUUUACAUGUUCUUACAUUUGUGAAAAGUGUUAAUAUUCUAAAGCAAAUUUCUCUGUAAACAAUUUCUCAAUAAUCAAUUCAAUUCAAUUCAAUUUUAUUUGUAUAGUGCUUUUAACAAUGGACAUUGUCACAAAGCAGCUUUACAGAAAUAAAUGGAUACAGAAAAAAAAUAUAUUGUAAAUAUGUGAAUUUAUCCCUGUGAAUUUAUCCCUAAUGAGCAAGCCAGAGGCGACGGUGGCAAGGAAAACGUCCCUGAGAUGAUAUGAGGAAGAAACCUUGAGAGGAACCAGGCUCAAAAGGGAACCCAUCCUCAUCUGGGUGCAACAGAUUAUAUUA